AUGGGACAACCAACAGUGCCGCCUGGAACUUAUGGGAUCUAUCCUGAUCCUGAAGAUCAAUCUGUGAAGAGAUUUGAAUUCAGUGACGAGAUAAUUCGAAGAGGAUUCAUUCGAAAAGUUUACUCAAUAUUAACGGUUCAACUAGGUAUAACCAUUGGCUUCAUAGCACUGUUUAUGUAUCAUGAGCCCACCAAACUGUUGGUACAGCAAAAUCCGCAACUAUUUUGGGUCGCGCUGGGGAUAAUGCUGAUCACGUUGAUAUCGAUGGCAUGCUGCAGCAGCGUUCGUCGGCAGACUCCUGUCAACUACAUUUUUUUAAUCCUUUUCACCAUAGCAGAGUCGUUUCUUCUAGGAGUUACAGCAGCUCAUUUCAGUUCUGAAGAGGUUCUUUUUGCUAUCUGCAUCACUGCAAUUGUAUGUUUUGGAUUGACGAUGUUUGCCUUUCAAACUAAAUGUGAUUUUACUGUACUGGGCGGAGUUUUGUUUGUGGCCAUACUCAUUCUACUGUUGUUUGGAAUAAUUUCCAUUUUCUUUCCUGGAAAAACUAUAACGCUAGUAUAUGCAAGUUGUGCUGCUCUUCUAUUCAGUAUUUACUUAGUGUAUGAUACCCAGCGAAUGAUGGGAGGGGAGCACCAGCACAGCAUUAGCCCAGACGAGUACAUUUUUGCCACACUGAGCCUUUACCUGGAUAUUAUCAACAUCUUCCUGAGCAUUCUCACUCUUUUAACACGAAGCUAA